ACUUUUGAUAUAGUCCGGAACAACAUUGUGGCGGCCUCCGGAUUGCGGACAGAUAGACUGUCAAUAAUGCCGACCAUCAGUUGUAUCGCAGACCAGCAAUUCCACUCACGUUCGUCAAGACUCGUUCCUUUUUAGCACUUUUUAAUUUUUCAAUAAAGGUUGCCCGCCAUGCCCGGUCCUUUGUCUCUCUUCUCCGUUAAUGCGGUCCUCCUUAUGUCCGCCGACGAUGGUUCUCGCAUCUUUACCAAAUAUUACUCGGCGCCUCACCCCCCAGCAGGUGCUGCACCCAAUGCGACUGAUUACCCUGGCGCCAAUCCUUAUCAAUCAGUGAAGGAACAGAAGGCUUUUGAACAGGGUCUCUUGGAGAAGACAAACAAGCAGUCCAGCGAUGUGAUUCUCUAUGAUAACCGGAUUGUCGUCUUUAAGAUGGAGAGUGAUGUGAUGCUCUAUGUGGUUGGAAGCGCAGAUGAGAAUGAAGUGCUCUUGUACAACGUGGUCCUGUCGUUGAGAGAUGCCUUGGGGAUCUUAUUCAAGGGUGCCACCGACAAGCGCACAAUCGUCGAGAACUACGACCUGGUCGCCCUGGCCAUUGACGAGAUUAUUGAUGACGGCAUCAUCCUGGAAACCGACCCCGUUCUUAUCGCCUCUCGUGUCAGCCGUGCCCCUGCACCGGACGCACCCAACAUGAAGAGCAUCGAUCUGUCCGAACAAGGUCUGCUGAAUGCCUGGGAGUUUGGAAAGCGACGCCUGGCCGAGGGAUUGCGACAGAUGUAGAUGGACGUUUGAGAUUAAACAUUUUUUUCAGUUUUCUUUUGAUGGGAGCAUUCAAUGCUGUUUCUUGCCCUGGCUUUUUCCCCUUCCCUAAUUUCAUCUGGCUGGUCCGGCGCAUUAUUGUGUGAUGUUCAUUGUUUUAUGACCUCUGUUGCCUCUAUUUACCAAAAUUACUCUUUGUUUGCAUUCACCUUGGGGCUUCUCUAGAGAUGGACCUUUUUAUCAGCGAGGCUGUUCCUGGAGAAAGAUUCUAUCAUAAUACCUACAGACUUCUUGACAGGGCAAAUGCAGAACAUUUAAGGGAGAAAAUAAAAAGCAGCACCCUAUAGACAUUUAGCUAUACAUAGAAAAAGCCAUUCAUUUUCAUGAAAUG